AUGACCUCCGACUCUGGUUGUAACGACCGCUUGGACAAAUCAUGCACGCUCACUUGCUGCGAGGGCCAAGACUGCUGUGACCAGACUUGCCUUGAGCGUGUCGCGCUCCGCGAGUGUCUACGACCUUCCCUUGAUCUCAACGAAAGCCCUAGCUGUCACGGCGGCAAGGGUGGCAACGCAUGCGCAGACCACAAGCUCAAAGCACGCAGCAUGUAUGCCGACAAGCUCGAAGCUAUCGGUUGUAUAUGUCGUACCCUGCUCAGUCUUGGAAAAGAGUCCUGCUGUACCCCUGGCCGUCGCACCUCCAAUUUGAGCACUCGCAAUGCGUCUAAGAACAAAACCCGCCAGCCCCGACCUACCUCCAUUGACUCGUGCUGCGUCGGCUCCGGUCCCCGGGCAGGCGACUGCGCCGUCACGAAGCGCAAAGCCGAUCCUGAGGACAAAUGCUGUGAGAGUAAAGAUGCCUCUGGCACCCGUACUGCAGGCAAGUCUCAACUUGCUUCAUCACCAGGGUCCUGUACUACUUCUUGCUGUGUUGAGAAACAAGACACCGGCUCUGAUCCGAAAGCAGUCCAUUUAUCUCCUUCGCAUUUGGAGAAAGGCCUUGACAGCGACGAACGGGAGCACGUCGUCCUUGGCGUCUCCGGAAUGACGUGUACUGGAUGUGAAGCGAAGCUCGUUCGAACUCUCAGCACUCAUCCUCUGGUUUCAAAUCUGAAAACUAGUCUGGUCUUGUCCCGCGCCGAAUUCGACGUAAACGGCACUGCUUCUGUGGAUGAGGUUAUACAGCAUCUUGAGCGAACAACUGAGUUCAAGUGUGAAAGAAUCAUAGACAAAGGCUCAAGUCUUGAUGUCAUUCCUUCUAGCGACCCUACCGCUUUCAUUAACCAAACCUGGCCAGACGGAAUCUUGGAUAUGAGGGUCGUAGACAAGAAGAUUGUCAAAGUCACUUUCGACGCCAACGUUAUUGGAUCCAGGGAUUUUAUCGAACACGUCUGGGAUCAUGCCACGGUUCAACUCGCCCCUAUGCGCAAUGAUUUAACGUCUGACAAAAAACACGUCCGUCACGUGGGCUUGAUGACCUUACUUUCUGCGUGCCUCACCAUUCCUGUUCUGGUCAUGGCCUGGGCUCCACUCCCAGAGCAUCACAUCGCAUAUGGAUCGGCAUCUCUUGCCCUAGCGACUUUGGUUCAAUUCGUGAUUGCCGGUCCUUUCUACCCAGAAGCCCUCAAGUCACUCGUCUUCUCUCGUGUGAUAGAAAUGGAUCUGUUGAUUGUCUUGAGCACGAGCGCUGCUUACAUCUUCUCUGUCGUCUCGUUCGCAUAUAUGGCCUUGGGCCGGCCCCUCUCAACAGGCGAGUUCUUCGAGACGAGCACUCUUCUGGUCACACUCAUUAUGGUGGGCCGUUGGUUGAGUGCCCUGGCCCGUCAAAAGGCUGUAGAGUCCAUAUCUAUUCGUUCCCUUCAGAUCCCGACGGCACAUCUGUUAAGCCAGGAUGGUGAAGUUGAGAUUGAUGCUCGUCUGCUGCAGUAUGGAGACAGCUUCAAAGUCUUUCCUGAUUCUCGGAUUCCAACUGACGGCAUAGUCGCCUCUGGUUCGUCUGAGGUUGACGAGUCAAUGAUCACUGGAGAAUCUGAAAUGAUCGAAAAACACAAGGGCUCUUCAGUCAUCGCAGGAUCGGUCAAUGGUUCUGGCGUUCUACACGUCAGAUUGACACGACUCCCUGGUGAUAACACAAUUAGCAACAUCGCCACCAUGGUUGACAAAGCGAAAUUUUCGAAGCCAAAGAUUCAGGCAACCGCCGAUCGCGUCGCGAGCUCUUUCGUACCGGGAAUCAUCCUUAUAACGAUAAUCACCUUUUGCAUCUGGAUUGCGAUUGGUAUUAGAGUUCGAGGACAGUCUGGAAGCCAGGCUGCGAUUCAAGCAAUCACCUACGCUAUCACUGUUCUCGUCGUCUCUUGUCCCUGCGCUAUCGGGCUUGCAGUUCCGAUGGUCAUCGUCAUUGCUAGUGGUGUUGCUGCCAAGCGAGGUGUGAUAUUCAAGUCGGCAACGUGCAUUGAGUUGGCCUAUAAAACUUCGCAUGUCAUUCUGGACAAGACCGGUACAAUUACUGAAGGCAAGAUGAAUGUCGUUCGAGAAUGGUAUAGAGACGGCGGUGACCAGGCCGUGAUCAAGUCGCAAGUCUUGGGUCUCCUAGGUGAUACGAAGCAUCCUGUCUCUACUGGUGUGACUCGACACCUCCAAGCACAGGGUGUGGAAGCUUCCGAGGUCGUCGAUUCGAAUACCCUAAUAGGAAAGGGCAUCGAAGGCAAAGCAAGAGAUAACGGAUCGACACUUCGAGCAGGUAAUUCACGUUGGCUUGGCCUCGCCUCUGAUUCGGUUGUGCAAUCGGUCAUCGAAUCUGGUUGUACAGCUUUUUGCUUCACUGUCGACGGUUCAUUGGCCGCGGUCUUUGGCCUCAGAGACUCAAUCAGACCUGACGCUCUCGCUACGGUGAGGACUCUACUUGACCGCUGUAUUUCAGUUCAUAUCAUCUCGGGUGAUGAUGACGGUGCUGUGCGCGCCGUUGCAGCCCAAAUGGGCGUUGAUGAAGCAAAUAUCCGCUCUCGCUGCACCCCGAAAGAUAAGCAAGUGUAUAUUGAGAACAUUCUCAAAGGUCAAAUUUCACAGGAUUCUACCACGCCUAAGAAUAAGAGAGGCAAAAAGCCUGUUGUUUUGUUCUGCGGUGAUGGAACUAACGACGCAGUUGCCUUGGCCCAGGCCUCCAUUGGUGUUCACAUGAAUGAAGGCGGCACUGAUGUUGCCCAAUCAGCCGCUGAUGUUGUCCUCAUGCGCCCAGAUCUUGGAGGUAUACUGACCGCCAUCGAUAUCAGCAAGAAGUCAAUUCGAAGAAUCUUCUUCAACUUCGGCUGGAGUUUUGUCUACAACCUCUUUGCCGUCUUACUGGCUGCUGGUGCGUUUGUCAAUGCAAGAAUCCCGCCUGAGUUCGCCGGUUUAGGUGAAUUAGUCAGUGUUCUGCCUGUAAUUGUCGUGGCUAUGCUACUGCGUUGGUCGAGAUUUUGA